AGAGAGAGAGAGAGAGAGAGAGAGAGAGAGAGAGAGAGGACAGCAGAGUCCGUGGAGGAGAGAAGGAGGACAGCUCGGAGGCAGAAGGCAGGAGGAGCUCCCUGCAGUCAGGAGGAUGCCGCUCUCACACGCGGACCGUCUCUGAUCCGGACCACCUCGUUACCCGUCGGCUCUAUCUGACCGACUGACCGCAGACCAGCCCCCCGCAGACAGGAGCCCGUCCUCCGCUCAGCUCCCAGCCCCUCUCCUCUGGACCGGCUGCUGUCGCCAUGCCACCGGCCGCCUGCUCGCUCGGGCACCGGCUCCGCGACACCCUGCCCGCGGUGCUGUGGAUCGGGCUGCUGUGGAGCAGCAGCGUCUCGGCAGCAGAUAAAGAAGUUCCCACAGCUGUCCCCUUCACCCCAUCCCCUGUGGUGACACCAAGGAGCACAAAGGAAAGCAGCCCCAAAGCCAAAAGCUCCAGUGCCGUGGCCGGAGGUUUUCUGCAUUCAGUACUUGCCCAAAACGGACGACUUGUCUCCCAGAAAGGGGAGAUCCUCCCCUCUGCCCUGCCAAAGAACCUGCUCCCCCUUCUGGGCAGAGGACUCAGCAUCAGCUCCCUCCCUGGAAGUCACUCCCUGGAGCAUCAGAGCGGGGGAUUACUAAGGAGGGUAAAACCCCCACCAUCAGCUGCAGUGUCAGGCCAAGGCAGCGAUCCAACCCGGCCUGCUCCUACAGACACACACUCCCCUCUGCCUCACACACAGACACACACUCCUGAUGAAGAAGCUGAGAUCACCACUGUGGCCACGACGGUGGGCGAGGACACUGAGGAUGUGGACACUGAUACAGGGACACUUUCAUCAGCUGUGCAGAGCUGCGCGGUGAAUUUGUCAGACCCGGAGGGAUACAUAGACUCCUUGGAUGACCCCCCUCUGCCUGAUGGUACCUUCUUACACUGCACCUACACUGUGACCGUGUACACCGGCUAUGGAGUGGAGCUGCAGGUGAAGAGUGUGAAUCUGUCGGAGGGUGAGCAGCUCUCUAUCAGGGGUGUAGAUGAACGAGGGUCCCUGCUGGUCCUGGCCAAUCAGACGCUGCUGGUCGAAGGUCAGGUGAUCCGCAGUCCCACCAACACUCUGUCCGUCUACUACCGCUCUGGGCCGGAGGGAAGCAUGGGCAUCUUCCAGCUGCACUAUCAGAUCUUCAGGCUGGGCUGUUCCCUGCCAAAGAGGCCUCAUUUUGGGGAGGUGUCUGUGCUGGACUUGCUCCCUGGAGGCAAUGCCCGUUUUCACUGCCAUAUGGGGUACCACCUGCAGGGGGAGGCGCUGCUCACCUGCCUCAAUGCCUCCCUGCCCGUGUGGAGCGGCAAGGAACCCAGCUGCAGAGCUCUUUGUGGAGGGACAGUGAAGAACGCCACAGUGGGGAGGGUAUUGUCCCCUUCUCCCCACCAUGGGCCAAACGCCACCCAGGACUGUUCCUGCUCCUGGUCCCUGGAGGCACCUAAGGGCCAGAGGCUGCACCUGCACCUCGAGAGACUGGCCUUGGGAUCCACUGACAGGCUGGUGUUGUGGAGCGGGCUGGACGCCGGCUCUGUGGUGCUGUUCGAUUCCGGGCGCGGUGGACAGAUACCCUUUGAAGGAGUGAUCAGUGAGGGUCCAGCUGUGAGGAUCCAGUUCAUCACUGAUCAGCCUAACCACAACACAGGAUUCAACAUCCGCUAUGAAGCUUUUGAGCGUGGCCACUGCUAUGAGCCGUACCUCCAGAAUGGAAACUUCACCACCUCUGACCCUUUGUACGGGGUCGGAGCUGUGGUUCAGUUUACGUGUGACCCAGGCCACUCGCUGGAACAAGGGCCCCCUGUUAUCGAGUGCAUCAGUGCGAGGGAUCCGUACUGGAAUGACACAGAGCCACUAUGCAAAGCACAGUGUGGAGGAGACCUGACUGGUCCAGGAGGCGUGAUUCUGUCUCCAAACUGGCCAGAGUGGUACGGAGAGGGGGAGGACUGCAGCUGGAGGAUACAUGUCGGGGAGGACAAACGGGUGCUGCUUGAUGUACAACUACUUAACAUCAGCGACAGUGACAUGUUGACAAUCACUGACGGCGAUGAAGUAACCACACGUAUCCUGGGGCGGUACGAGGGAGGAACCAGCCCCUUCAAGCUCUCCUCCACCACCCCUGACCUUACUGUCACCUUCCACUCCGACCCGGCGGGACUCGUCUUCGGCAAGGGCGAGGGCUUCAUCAUCAACUACAUGGAGGUGUCCCGAAACGACUCCUGUCCAGACCUGCCUGAGAUCCAGAACGGCUGGAAGACAACAUCCCAUGUUGCACUGGUGCGGGGGGCUCACAUCACCUACCAGUGUGACCCUGGUUAUGACCUGGUGGGACGGGAGACCCUCACCUGUCAGCUAGACCUCUCCUGGAGCUCACAGCCCCCGUUCUGUGAAAAGAUCAUGUACUGCUCAGAUCCUGGCCAUGUGGAGCACUCCACCAGGUCUCUGUCAGAUCCUAAACUCCUGGUGGGAACAACCAUUCAGUACAGCUGCAAUCCUGGCUUCAUCCUACAGGGCGGCGCCACCAUUACUUGCUAUGGCCGUGAGCCGGGGACUCCUGUGUGGACGUCUCGACUCCCUCACUGUGUCUCUGAGGAUUCCGUUUCCUGUGAAAAUCCUGGUCUCCCUGACAACGGCUACCAGAUCCUGUCCAAGAGGCUCUACCUGCCCGGCGAGUCGCUCACCUUUGUCUGUUACCAAGGUUACGAGCUCAUUGGAGAAGUUGCAAUUAAAUGCAUCCUGGGAAACCCGUCCUUCUGGAGCGGCCCACUUCCUCUCUGCAGGGCCAACCAUGACUGCUUUGGCAACCAUGCUUUGGAAGUUGCAGAGGCGACCGCAGGCUCCACUCUGGAUGGAGGGAACAUUGCACUGGCCGUCUUCAUCCUGGUCCUUCUGUUGUCUGUGCUGCUGGGAGGAGCCUACAUCUAUGUCACACGGUGCAGGUAUCACUCCAACCUAAGGCUGCCUCUUAUCUACCCGCACCCUUACCGACAGAUCACUGUAGAGACAGAAUUUGACAACCCGCUCUAUGAGACAGGAGGGCAGGACACUCGUGAAUAUGAAGUGUCGAUAUGAGAAGCCUCACAAAAGACAUUUCUGACCCAAGACCGACCGCCUCGUCCUAACUCCUCAUCCUCUCCUCCCUCCUUCUCCGCCCAGGAGGAGGCGAUGUAAAUACAAAUAGAUGAUGUCCAGCCCCUUCUGCCAUGAGAUGCAGUGAUCGAUCCUGCUCUCUCCUCCUUUGACACAAUGGUUUCUGACGACAUGGUGGGUUAUAGGAGGGGAAACGUGAAGCGGGAGAGGAGAUAGACGGGUUAUUGACAAACCCUUGUGCAUCAGUGUUUCAGGGAGAUUAUGGCAGAUGUAGGAUGGAGAGAAAAGACCUAAAGAAAAUCAAAGAACAUCGAACAUGGUGAGGAAAAGGGUGAUGAUGUUUGUGAGAUGGGACAGAAAAGGAGUUAAGGAGGGGAGAAGGGGAAGGAUUCUGGGACAGGACACUGUGUGAGGAAUGUGGACUGAAGGGAUUUAAGCCCUUUUUAGUAUUUUUGUCAAACAUUUCUCACUUGUAAGCAAUUUAGAGAAAGAAUCCUGGAAUAUGUGUCAGACAUGAAGAGUUAAAGUUUCUAAUCCUUAAGACUUUCAUGAAAUCCGACCCCAUUAUUAUUGAGGUUUUAAUCAAAAGGUAGUGAAGGUUUUAGCUACAUUUUAUCGACAAAAAAGGAUGUUAAUGCGUGAUUCCAUACCCUCAACAUCGCUGUUUUCUGUUCACUACUGCAGCUGAGCUGCUAAUGUAGGGAACAUUUCCUAUUGCUUCACAUUACAAACAGUCAAUGGGCCAAACACAGGGUGAAUUUUAUUGUGAAGCAGUCACAGGAGAUGCAUGGUGUGGGACUGUGAUCGUUCAACCAAUUUUCAAUAUUUUUGGCUGGAUUGCUACAGCGAGGGUCAAUGUCUGUGACCGCCUGGUCAAUCUUAGGGAUUGUCAACUUUAAGUGUCUUGGGGAUAAAUCGACAGGAAGAAUGGAUGAGAUGGACUUUAUUUUUAUUUUUUUACAACCACACAGGUGUCACUUUUUCUUACCACAAAAUGACAAUAACAGGGAAGAAGUAAUGGUGAGUGGCUGCCUUGUGUCCCUCCUAAUCAGUCCAACACAGGACGUCUGUCUCCUGUCCCAGAACUCCCUCCUGCCUGCAGUCACCUUCAAGGCUUUUUACUCCAGCCGCUCCACUUCUGACUUUAGCUGUAGUAAAUUGGUAUUUAAAUCUAUGACUUCAGGGGCCAGUGCAGUACUGUUGUCUUAUUUCUCUCAGAUGUAGUUAGAUUGAUGACCUCAGGACUGAACCGGCUGAUGACUAAAAAGGAAAAUUCAAAAAACAAAACAUGCAUUGUUGCAGAUGAGGAGGUUGCCAUGUGAAUAGCGUAGCUGUAGUCAACUGACCGACCUUUGAGUGCAAGCUCAAUCAACCCACCAGAUGAUGUAUUUAUUUUGAUGUACUGUAUAUGUGAUGUUUUAUGCAGAUUGAUAAAUGUACAUUUUCAUUAUGAGAAGACAAAUGUCAACAUUUUCCCUAAAUAAAUGGUAAAACUUGAAUAAAAAGUACAAAACAUUCUUUGUAAAUACUGAGGCCUUCAGAUGAAUUA